AUGAACAAGACGGACUUGACCUGGGGCGCGGGUGACCGCGCCUGCAUGGGCAAGAAUAUUGCGCGGUGUGAGAUCUACAAACUCGUGGCGACGCUGUAUUCUACGUUCGAUGUUCAACUUGUAGACCCAGCGAAGGAAUGGAAGCUCAGGGAGGCUCUGGGGGUGAAGCCGGAUGGUGUGGAGGCGACGCUUAGUUUCAGGUUGGGUGCGAGCUUCGAUCACCUUCGUACAGGGAAGUAA